AUGCAUAGUCAAAGCUUAUGUUUUACAAGAUCAUCCGAGAAUGUUACAAAUCAGCAAAAUCGAUUGCGUUUUGGUAACAAUGCAGCAACAAGCAACAGAAGACCCCCUACUGGCGAAAUAAGAGGGAAUAAUGCCGGAUUGCGCAAUCGCACCUCAAAUGACGUUCGUCAACGAGAUCGAACUUCGAAUGUACACACUGAAAAUCCAAUUCAAAGUGAUUCUUUCGUGAAAGUCGAUUCUAACGACAAUACCACAAAAGACCAAGUAGUGCUCAUGACUGCCGAAGCAAAUAUGUGGAAUAACAAAACAGGCCAAUAUGAGCGAGUUCUUAUGUUUUUCGAUACUGGUGCACAGAGAACUAUAAUAAACGAACGUACAGCAGAGGAAUUUGGACUCUCAAAGCAAAAAACGGAAAUAUGCACCAUGUCUGGCAUUGGUGGCCAUACUGAGAAAUUUAAAACGUUCUUUGUUCCAUUGAAAAUCUCUACAGUUUUUGGAAAAGAGAUUCAUCUAACGGAUAACGAUAUUUGUUUGUCCAAUCCAAGAUUGAGAGGUGAACACCAAAAUCCACAAAUUCUAACUGGAUUAGAUUACUACUACGAAUUUGUUAUGAGUAGCACUAGAACAAAACUACCGUCGGGACCAUAUCUUGCCAGAACAUUAGUAGGUCCAACUCUUUAUGGUCGCAGUACAAGUGCGGUAAAUGUAAGUAGCGAAGAGAUUACCCAUAGUCUUACGCUCGUUCAGAAGCCAAGUGAAGCAGAUAUACUUCAGAAGAUUUUCGAAUUGGAUGGAAUAGGAAUUUCCACCAAUGAAUUUUCAAAUGAUGAAAAAACAUUUGAGUAUUUUGAAAAGUACUCGAAAACUAUAUCAUUUAAGAACAGUGUUGUAACUGCACCCUUUCCCCUUAAGGAAAGCGUAAUCGAUAUAUCCGAUAAUUACGCGAUGGCAUACCGUAGGCUCGAGUCCUUACAGAGACAGCUGGCCACCAACAAAGAGCGAAGGUCGGGGUACAACAAAAUAUUCAAUGAUUACCUCAAAGAUUCCAUAAUCGAAGAGGUACAUGAACCAGACAAAAACGCGGCUGGCACCUAUUAUAUGCCACACUCCGGAGUGUGGAAACCUUCAAAAACGAAACCUCUCAGAAUCGUAUUUGAUGCAUCCUCGGAACAAAGAGGUAAACUAUCAUUAAAUGAUGUAAUUCACACCGGUGAAUCUUUCGUUAAUAAAAUUCAUGAUAUCCUUAUUCGCAGUCGAGUUAGCAAGUUUAUAUUAACGUGCGAUAUCGAAGCUGCAUUCACUCAGAUCAGAAUCGUAAACGAGCACAAAGACCUUUGUCGCUUUCUGUGGGUCAAAGACAUCAGUCGCAUGCCGACAAAGGACAACAUAAUUGUUUACAGAUUUAACCGUUUGCCAUUCGGCGUUAUUGCAUCUCUGAGCAUAUUGAAUAUAGCAAUUCUUGCUUACUUAAAUGCAGAGAAUACCCCACUUUCACAUGAAAUAGCAAGAAACAUUUAUGUUGAUAAUAUUUUAUUGACAGCUGCAACUGAGCAGGAAGCUUUGAAGAAGUAUGUCGAAUCAAAAAAUCUUUUCAAGGAAAUUGGUAUGAACCUACGAGAAUAUGUGUCAAAUUCUCAGAUAGUAAAUGAAGGAAUCCAUGAGAAAGCCAAAUCACCUUCUGGUGAUAUCAAGUUCCUAGGUGUUAAAUAUAACACAGAAACUGAUCUGUUUAACGUGAAAGUAAAUAUUCCGUCGAAAACAUUACUUACUAAGCGAGAUGUGGUUAGUAUAAUAAAUUCUGUAUACGAUGCUAUAGGUGUAACUGCGCCAUUGUUUAUCAAGCUGAAGUCGCUAAUGCGAGAAAUCUAUGACACUGGAAUUAAGUGGAAUGACUAUGUUAAUCCAGUAACUAAGUAG